GCGCAGAUUAUAUUCAACCAGUUAUACUACAGCAUCAGGGGAGUUUUCCACAUAGGGAUAGUGUGAAAUGAAAGUAAAAGGAGAGAGAGAGAGAGAGAGAGAGAGAAAGAAAGAAAGAAAGACAGACUGCGCUGCUAAAGGAGACUAAAACCCAGAGGAGCUUAAAGAUGGCCAGCACUACUAUACCACUUACUAAUGUACAAAGUGGCUACACCAUCGUCACUCAGGUCAUUCCCACAUCAACAGAACAAAACACACCUGAGACACCAAGCCCACUGCGCAAAUUCCUGAAAGGAGAACCCAAAGCACUGGGAGCUGUCCAAAUAACAAAUGGUUUCUGGAUGUUUUUCCUCGGCCUGGUGAGCAACACUUUACCCAUCUUCAGCCUUUACAACUUCAUAUUCUGGGUCUCAUUGCUCCACAUCAGCGCUGGUGCUCUGACUGUCUCAGGGAGCAAGAACCUCCAACCCUGUGUGGUGAAGGGUGCUAUGGUACUGAAUAUUCUUAGUGCAAUAUGUACAGUUAUCAGCAUCGUUAUGCUUUCCCUUGAUUUGGUUAUGCAGCUGAACUGCUACAGAUGCAGCAAUUACUCGGGCUCCCCCAUUGGUGUUAUUGGCAUUUUGCUGUUUUUUUCCCUGCUCCAGCUCGCCAUCUCCAUCAGCACCUCAGCUUUUGCCCGUAAAGCCACAUGUUCAAAUAAACCUAAUCUGAGCGUCAUCAACAUGGUUGCAAAUCCUGAGAGAUGUGUUGCUCUGGACAAUUCCUUCCCAGCUCAUCAGGCUCACCCCCUGAACAUCAUUAACAUGGUUCCAAAUCUUGAGGGAUAUGUUCCUGUGGACAAUACCUUCCCAACUCAUCAUGUGCACCCAGGGAUCAGCACAAGCACCACUGUUCCCAUGAACAGUUUGCCUGUUGAAAGUCCUCCAGCAUACAGUGAAACAUACAACUGAAGAUAAUAAUAAAAAAAAAGGAUUAUGUUAUGUCCCACACCCUUUUUUAUUUUUAAAUUGCAUUUUAUUCUACUGGCACACUACAUCCAUAAUAAACAACACUUACUGUUGGGGGCGGGGGGCUUAAUUGAAGAGCCCAGAAGAAAUGAGCCCAGACAAAAAUGUAGGUGAAAAUGUCCAAUGGUUUUAUGUGACAGACCAACACAAAGAGGCCCAUAAUGGUGAUGUGGAAGGAAAACAUUUCUUCUUCUUUCUUUUUUUUACCAAUAAACAUCUGAAAAAAUGUGACAUGCAUUUGUAUUCAGCCCCCUUUACUGAAAACCUUAACUAAAAUCCAGUGGACCUGAUUGCCUUUAAAAGUCACCUAAUUAGUAAAUAGAGUCCAUCUGUGUAUAAUUUAAUCUCAGUAUGAAUACAGCUGUUUUGUGAAGUCCUCAGAGAUUUGUUAGAGAUUGUUAGUGAAUAAACAGCAUCAUGAAACCCAAAGAGCACACCAGACAGAUCAGGGAUUAGGUUGUGGGGAAGUUUAAAGCACAGUUAGAUUGUACCGCAGCCACAUAAAGGGCACCUUUUAUAUACUGUAGGCUAAGGUAUGCAAGCCUGAUGACAAAAAAAGCUGCAGUGCUCUAUAAACCAUGUCUGGGGUAGGUUUUAAUUGCCUGUGAACAUUUAGUGUAUUGGUUCCUGCUCGGGCUUUCACGAGGGUGGACUGCCAGCCAGCACAUGAAAAUGGUGAUGCACACGGUCACCUGACCCGGAUAUAAAGCGCACCCGGAAGAAGCUCGAGGGGGAAGAAAGUUAGAAGAUGCAGCGUGCUGACUUUGUGAUCACAAUCCUACAGAGUAGCAAAGAGUAUUUCGGAGAUUGAACUGUUGAGGAUUUUCCCAAUUUUUGGAAUAUUGCCAACCGGACUGCUUCAGGAGUACUCAAACGCCGAUAUCAAGCUUCCGGUUUAUUUAUAUAAUUCCGGUGAGCCCCACACUUUUGCAAUAACCUGGACUUUGGACACUCGACCCAAACUCACACUCUGCUUUAAUUUGUAUAUAUUUCGUAAAUAUUGUUUUCUUUGUUUGUUUUGUUGCACU